AUGGAACCCAGAAAGGAUAUGGUGAUGUUUCUGGAAGGAGGUCAACUUGGCAGUCUGGCUGGCAAGAGAGUCUCUAAUUUGACAGAAGCAGUGGGAAGCCCAGUCCAAGAACCGCAGGACAAGAUGAUCCAUCGGAGUUGCCUGAGCCCCAGAUCUGGGCCCUUGUCCUCCCGGGAAAGGGGAGGCGAAGAGGAGGAGGUGGAAGUGCUGCCAGGGACACGGACGGUCCCGGAGAGUCGCUCGGUGGCGGCGGCGGCAGCAGCUCUGCUCUCCGCCGGACAGCAACUCGCCUCGGAGCCCCCCUCUAGCAAAGGGCAACUGAGCAGCUCGGACACCGAGUCGGAUUUCUAUGAGGAAAUCGAGGUGAGCUGCACCCCGGACUGCGCCACGGGAAACGCCGAGUACCAGCCCCACUGUGCAGGGCAGUGCUCGGAGGCUUUAGCCGGUGGCAGCCCCAGCAGCGGGGGAGAGCCCCCCAAGGGCAGCGGAGGCAGCGGCGGCUCCCAAGGUUCACUGGCCUGCAACGCCAGCGAUCAGAUGCGGCGCUACCGCACAGCCUUCACCCGCGAGCAGAUAGCCCGGCUGGAGAAGGAAUUCUACCGGGAGAAUUACGUGUCCAGGCCCAGAAGAUGUGAACUGGCAGCUGCUUUAAAUCUGCCAGAAACCACCAUCAAGGUCUGGUUCCAGAACCGCAGGAUGAAGGACAAGAGGCAGCGUUUGGCCAUGACCUGGCCUCACCCAGCAGAUCCUGCUUUUUACACGUACAUGAUGAGUCAUGCAGCGGCAACUGGCAAUCUUCCCUACCCCUUCCCAUCUCAUCUGCCCCUUCCUUACUACUCCCACAUGGGCAUUGGUGCCACCUCGGCCUCUGCUGCCACCCCUUUCAGUACCCCUCUGAGACCACUGGACACGUUUAGGGUCCUCUCUCAUCCUUACCCUAGACCAGAACUGCUCUGUGCAUUCAGACAUCCUUCUCUUUACCCUGCCCCAACUCAUGGACUCAGUAGUGCUGGAGGCAGCCCUUGCUCAUGCUUGGCUUGCCAUAGCAGCCAGUCCAAUGGACUGGCACAGAGACCUUCAGGAUCAGACUUUACCUGUUCAGCCACAACCAGGACUGACUCUUUUCUCACUUUCACACCCUCGGUGCUGAGCAAAGCAACCUCAGUAUCCAUAGACCAGCGGGAAGAAGUACCUUUAACAAGAUAA